CUAAAGUAACCAUCAAUGGAGAUUUUGAAACCAUAUCAAAUCUGAUUGGCCAAAUGCAAAGAUGCAAACUAACAUAUAAGGCCUCCUUGGAAAACCCAUCUAUAAGGAGAAAAAUCGCCUGGAUUUAUGCCAAGCUAUGCCUACAAAUUAAUGGCAGUUGUUAUUAUAUAUGAUCAAUAUGCACAAUCUUGUUAUUUUGAACUGGAAAUCCAUUGAAAACAGAAUCUUUAUUUUCAAGUAGGGGUAAUAUAUGCUUACACAUGCCUUCCCUAGGCCAUGCUUUUGUGGGAUUAUUCUGGGGUUUUCGUUCUUUCAAAUACUUUACUGUUAUUGCAUCAUGUGGAAACUAAUUUGGCCAGUAGCAUGCUGGAGUUUCUACAGCAUCAGAACAUGUUCGUGUGCGCCUGAUCAACCUUCCUAAGAAAAGGAAUGUCGACAGAGAUUUACGAUCGGCUUUCAAAGAGUUUCCUGGAAUUGUCAAGAUAAACCCAGUUGUUUCUGGAAAAGCUAAGACCAGGGACCCUACCUGCAAAGGCAUCGCCUUUAUUGAUUUCAAGUCUGAAGAUAGAGCACACAGAUUUGUACAGACAUUCUCAGGGAAGAGCAUAGGGUUCGGUAAGGUCCAGAAACAUAUCAAAUGUGUGAUGAUGAAUUCCAACCCUGCGAAUUCCAAGAACGUGCAGUUUCCCAAUGAAACUGGCCAUUGUUCCAAUCUUGCGGAAGCUGAUUGGGAUGGAGAAGUUUCUGGAAUGUUUGAGGGGAUCACCAAUGCGGGCGAUGAGGAAGGGGUUGGAGGAAGCAGUUCAUCAUCCUUCUCUGCAGUUCCAAAGAAAACAGAAGUAAAUGAGAAGAAGAAGAAAGUUGAAAGAGGAAAGAAAGGCAAGUCAUCAUCAGGAAACCCAAACAUUCUUGGAUCUGCUAAGAGGCUGAAGGUCAGGGAGAAAGUGCAACUUACGGGAGCUCUUGCCAAAUAUGGUUUGAAGUAACACUGUAAUCGACCUGAUCCGAACCAACCCUUCCAUCUCCUUCAUUUGCACUCUGUAUAUCAAUAUCAUAUUGGACUAUGUAAUUCUCUAUAAAUUUGCACCCUGUAUUAAUCAACACAAAUUAUUUGCAUCUGAUUAAAUAACUUUAGUUGUUAGAGAAAUAAUUAUUUGUACCGAUU